UCGCUCGUAACGCCUGCGCGGGAUGUAUUCAGUUUCUUUUAGAAUUUACUCUCUCUUCUCACACUCUAGCUCUUCCUACAGGCGUUUUUGUGCUGAAAAAGAUUUUUUUGAAGACCAGAGUCAAGAAUAUUGAUAUGAUUAAUAAUGGAGAAGCGUUUGCUGUUUUAUUUAUACGUUCUAUGAUUCUUUGGGUUUCUUUCUUUGGAAUUUUAACUAAAUUUACGAUUUAUGAGUGAAUCAAGGAGCAUUUUCUUCUGGUGCAAAAUAUCAAGCAUAGCAAAUGUUGGUUUGAUUCGUACCGUUUCAAUUCAUAUCAACCCCAACCAGUCACCGUAAGAUAAGAACUUAUAGCAUUACCAGUUUGCUAUCUUGCAGAACCUACGCUAUUUUAACAACCGCAAACGAGAAGAAAAAAUUCUGAUCCACAGUUAUGGUGGCAAUUAUUCUAAUAUUCAAAUAUCAUUGUACGAAAAACAAAGAUAGACGCUUUCAACCCACAAUCAGCUGCCUCUCCUCUUCUGUUCCAGUGACACCGGCGUUUUGCGAACCGAUCGUACUGGAAGCGGUGAGCAGCGGCAACACAUCUGCGACAUCAGUGGCAAAGGAUACAUGAGUAAGCGUUGUCUUUCGACGCACAUGCAAACUCACAUCACCGAGCGCGUAUUCGAAUGUAACAUAUGUGGGCAAACUUUUGACAGUACCAAAAAAAUCAGACACCACAAAAUAUUGGAACAUGCGGUGGAGCAAAAGUUCGGUUGUGAAAUAUGUGGUGUAGAUUUCAUCUCGAAGAAACAACUCACGAGGCAUUUAAAGUUCCACAGCUCAGAUCGACCCCACAAGUGUUUAAUUUGUGGGAAAGGCUUCAAAUAUGGAUAUACUCUCAAAGAACACAUGAAUCACCAUACCAAUGAGCGCCCGUUCGUGUGCGACAUCUGUGGGUCAGGGUACAAGACACACAGUGGCCUGAGUGGACACAAAAAAAUCCACAAAUCCACCGAUCCGAAACCUUACAAAUGUGACCUGUGUGGCACAAAGUUCGUACAAAAAAGCAGUCUCAAUGUCCAUAGAAAAAAACAGCACGAACAGCGUAGCCCAGAUGAUAACCAGCAGUCAGUUGAACUACUGUUUGAAUGUGACAUCUGCGACCUGUCAUUCAAGUCUUCCGAUGCGUUAGAGCUGCAUAAAAAAGAUCACUCAUCUACUAGGCGAAAGUUUGAAUGUGGUUUAUGUGAGAAAGUCUUCAAGCGUUUCAGGUCCCUUUAUUUGCAUAUUAAGAUAGAACAUACAUCGGAGAAGAAUUUCAAAUGUGAAAUUUGUGGUACACGUUUCUACCUGAAAGCACAUCUUACGAAGCACCUAAACGACCUUCACAGUACCAUUCAGCCCCCUUACAAGUGCCCGACCUGCGGUAAAGAAUUUGCAUUCAAGUGUAGAUUGGAAGUGCACAAGCUUCAACACAGCGAUGAGCGGACGUUCGAAUGUGACAUUUGCGGGUCAUCCUACAGGUCAUACAGCGGUCUAAGUCGGCACCGGAAUCUCCAUCUGUACGUCGAUCCGAAACCUUUCAAAUGUAACAUGUGUAGUUCACAGUUUACCCAAGAAACCAGCCUCAAAUCUCACAGAAAGAAACACUUGAUGGCCAUGAACGAAGUGCGUUCAGAUGGCGACGCGCCGAAGGAGCCUACGUUCAAAUGUGACAUUUGUGAUUUGUCGUACAACUCGCUCGAUGUCCUAAACUUUCACCGAAAAACCCAUAAAACCGGAAAGCAAUCGGUUGAAUGUGGUUUCUGUGGGAAAUCUUUUACGAAGGGCAGAAUCAAAUAUCACAUGAUUGUAAAACACACUUCGGAGAAGAAUUUCAAAUGUUCAGUCUGUGCCAAAGAUUUCCACCUUCGGGAGCAACUAGUGGCCCACCAGAGAAGGCACAGAGAACGUUCGCAUAAAUGUCACAUUUGCGGAAAGGGUUUCGCCCUUAGUUAUGCAGCUAAAGAGCAUAUACGCACCCACAGCGAGCAACGGCCAUUUAAAUGCAGCUUUUGCGAUGUAACAUGCAAGACAGUCGGUCACUUGCGCGUUCACACCAUUUCCCACACGUCCGCCGAUCCGAAGCCUUUCAAAUGUGACCUGUGCAGUUGUCAGUAUGCUCAACAAGUCAACCUCUUGGCUCAUAGGAAGAAGAAACAUUCGGGUUCUCAGAGCUGAGCAUAAUCGAAAACCCGACUAGGAACCAAAGAAGUCAACAUGAACAAAAUGAUCGUUAAAAAAUAUUCCGCUUGGACGCAGUUGCAACAUACAUAACUUCUACAAUUGCUGAUCCAACAUUUGAAAUUGUUUUCUAAGGUAAGGUUAAGAAUUUAAAAAAAAAGAUCAAUCUUUGCUUUACGAAGGUUAUCCGAGUUAGUGAGUAGAGUACCUUUUGUAUGCAAGAGACCAUCGCAGGAAGGAAAACCUUCCCUUUUUUGGCAUAAUUUGCAAAGAUAUAUCAAAUAUCUAUCUGUCUCUAUGAAAACUGACGUAAAUAAAAGAAGUCGUGCAAUAACCUUCUUAAUCACAUUA